AUGAAGCUGCCCUGCCCAACCUCAGCCUCAAUCCCACGAAACACCACCGUGAGGAUCCUCAACGCUUCGGGACCUACUGUUGAUCAUAGACAAGCCAAGGUCCGAAACUUAGGUGAGAAGCGAGACAAUCCGGGACGGAUAAGGAGCCAGAAACUACUCCAGCUCGUUCAACAACUCAAAGAUGAACUUCCACGAGGUCGGUCAUUAGAGCGUCACGAGGAACGCGCACAGAUUAUAAAGAAGGGAUAUGAACGUCUGAAUAAGCUGAAGCAACGCCCCGCAGAGGAUGUAGCGAACGAUGAAACCGAGGAGAUAAAGGCAAUUGAAUAUGAUCUCAAGGUUCUCCAAGAUCAGACCCCUCAGUCGAACACCACUGCAAACCAGACACAGAACCUCCUCAGCGUGACUCUUUCCAGUAUGGAUUGCCCAGAACCGUUGCCCAUCACGAUUACCCAAGGUGCCUGUUACAGCAGUCUCGUGUGGCUUUUAAGAGACUUGCAUCAAGUCGACGUACCAAAUAUAUGGAUUCGACAAGAAGGAAAACAGCCUUGGACCCCAAAGGGACUUGGUUUGGAACAGGUCGAAUACGACAAGAUGAUCGAGGAGCAUACGCUCGACUUUGUUGAUUCCACAAACAACCGCUACUAUAUCGUAGCAGUCGUUAGUGAAAAUGGAAAUGAAUUUCCCGUCGCUUUAGGUAAGACGAUUCCCAGAGUCUAG